GAUGGAGAAAAUCAAUUUUUCCAACCCACCUCUUUUAAUCCGACGUCGUAUCUGUGGGUUAAGAUGUCCCCAAGCAAAUCAUCGACUAUGGUUUCUCUCCACGAAUUAAAGGAAUGACACGUGUCCUGCCCACCGACUACUGCCGUGGAAUCUCAUUAUUUUACCAAUCAAUCGAUCAAUCAAUCAGUCUGAUUGUAUUUUAAUUAAAUCUAAUUAAUUAGUUAAAUAAAAUUAAUUAAAAUCCCUAAUUAAGGUUUUCUUGCUUCUGUUGGAAACCGAGUUAGCUGAUCGCACCAGACAAGGACAGACAAAACACAUCUUCCCUUUCUUCUCCUUUAGCUACUCUCCCCUUUCAAUUUGAUUCUUUCUUAGACCUUCUUCUCCAUACCCACCCAGAACCCUUACCCCAUCUACUGUUUUAACAGAGUGAUUGACUCCGGAGGCUUGACCGCCGGGGACGCCUUCCUCACCAACCACUCUUCGGUUAACACCUAAAUCCCCUCUCUCUCUCUCUCUCUCUCUCUCUCUCUCUGAAAUUAGUAUUUGCUGACCCAAUUAUCCUCUCCUCUUGCUCGUAUCGUAAACCCUCCGAGACGCGAUCGCAGCCGUUGAUACUUAGUAAAGCAUGGAGAAGUCUAUUUCUGUCAGAGGCAGUCAACUUGAAGGCAAUCCUUGCUACUCGUUUUCUUCUUCUUCUUCUCAAAGACAUGUUAACUACAGCUGCGGUUCUUGUGGGUACGAGCUGAACCUAAGCUCCUCCAAUCGCAACACCUCAACUAUUGGCUCAAAAUAUGGAAAAUCUAUAAAGAGAGGAACCAUAUCAUUCUUUACCAUUGACGAGAGCAGAUUUACUCAGGUUGAUGAGUUCAAGUGUUUCCCCUACUUUUCCAAAUUUUCUUGGAAACUUUUCGGUCGGAGUACCAAACUUUUGUGCCGGAAGUGUGGUAACCAUAUUGGCUAUGCUUACAAAGAUAAACUCUCAGCAUACCCACUUAUUGCAGAUGGAUCAGAUUCAUCUUCUAGCAACGACGUAGGUGGGAUAAAAUAUGACGUUAGGAUCCGUGCUCUUCAGCCUUCUUCUACACAGGAGUCUGGCACUCCAUUUUUCGGGUGAUGACCUGGAGCAAGUUUCUUCAUUAGUUAGAAUCCUCCCAGUGGGUAUUAACAGAUUUUCUUGUGAGAUACAUGUAUAGAGGGGGUGGGGGGCUUCCUAUUCAUUUGUUUUUUUCUUUUUGGGUGCUGCGUAUUUAUCCUCAUUUUGAUUGCUUGAGCUAAUCUGUACAUAUGGUAAUGUUACUAAACUGAAAUCUUUGUGGAACCAUGAGGCGGGUCGGCACUAACCACAACUCCAAUGGUUAGUUCCUUCCCCCUUUACCAAGAGCAUUAUGGCCAUGUGAGUUGAUAUAUUGGCUAGUGCAGAAAAUGGUAAUUUUAGCCAAAGAAAGUGGAAAAUUCUUUGAGUUUUGAAGG